CGACGCCCGGGCCGGGCCGAGGCACGCGGCCCAGGAACCGGCCCAGGAACCGGCCCAGGAACCGGCCCACCGACCGAGCCGGAGACGGUGCGAGGACGACGCCGAGGAGAUAAGGUGGAGGACUACGAGGAGAGCCGCUACUCCCUCGGGACGAAGAGCAGCGGGGGCGGGAGGGAGGAGCGGGACUGGUGGGGAGCAGGGCCGGCGGAAAGCGGUGGCAACCGGAGGGAGAGAGACAAGGGUGCAGCGGUGGCGGGUGAGCUGGCUUGCCUCGCGGGCUACAUGGCGGGGUACUUGAAGGCGGCGGGCGCCACUUGCGCCCCGACCGGAAGUCCUCAGUAUCACCACCCCCACGGUCACCCAGCCAUGGGGGUGGGGACGCACCCGCACCCGCACCCUCACCCGCACUCUCACCCGCACCCUGGCGCCCCGCACCCGGGGCUGCCCUCGCCCUUCGCCCUCGCCACCCACGGACAUCCGCACUCGCACCCCCUGGACCACGGCCUCGCAGCGUUCCCGCCAGGAAUGAACCAGCGCAAGCAGCGCCGCGAGAGGACGACCUUCACCAGAGCCCAGUUGGACGUAUUGGAGGGGUUGUUCUCGAAGACGAGGUACCCCGACAUCUUCAUGCGAGAGGAGGUUGCCCUGAAGAUCAGCCUACCCGAGUCGAGAGUGCAGGUCUGGUUCAAGAAUCGUCGCGCCAAGUGCAGGCAACAGUUGCAGCAGCAGCAGCAGCAGCAACAGCAGCAGCAGCAGCAGCAGCAGCAACAACAGCAGCAGCAACAGCAGCAGCAGCAAACGUCUCCGCCGAAGGGCUCGCCCAGAUCGGGCCAAGCGCAGAGUAGCGCAAACAAAAUGACGGGGGCCACCUCGACGCCGAAUCGACGUUCCUCGCCGGUGUCACCUCCCCGAGGAAAGGAGGCGCCGGGCCCUAACUCACCGCUGCUGUCGACGAACUCGACGUAUCCGCGGCUGGGAGCGACGCCGACCGGCGGAAGCGGGGCCAGCAGCGCCCUGACAACGCCGUCGCCUCCCCUGACCCCGGGUUCCAGUCAGUUGCCGCCCUCGUCGUAUCCACCUCCCGUCAACCAGAUUCACCACGGCGAGUACCGCUUCCCUUGGAGCUCGGUGUCGCCGGGCACCGUCAACCCUACCCAGUGCUACGCCGAUCAAACUUACAACGCUUACCAGAACCCUUACGCCUCGAGCGACUACUACCAGACUCAGAUUGGCCACAUGCACCACAGUCCGCAGAGCAACUAUCACCAGCCGCAGUACCAUCACAACAUGACUCUGACCUCCUCCAUGUCGCAUCUGACCGGACACCACUUGAACACGGCCUCCAGCGACAUGACCUCGUCUCCGGGCGAGCCCUCGGACUCGUACAUAUUGCCUGACCAGAAGUACCAGGCGAUGGUUUAGCAGUCUGUCGGUCCACCGGGUCCGUAUCGGACCCGGGACCCUCCCGCGAGUGCGCCCCUCUGGCGGGGGACGGCUCCGUUCCCCUCUUCGGAGGACUCUCAACCGAAACCCGAAGACAAUCUGGACGGCGUCGACGACGACGACGACGACGAGAACGACAACGACAACGACAACGACGAC